AUGUUUUCUACCCUGGGGAUCACGCUCAAGGAUCGAUACUCUGCGAAAGGCAUCAAGUGGGAUCUUGAUGAAGCGAUCGAUUGCAGUCGACGGGCAGUAGCAGCGAUAGCUGACGAUGAUCCAGCACGAGCCAGAUAUCUCGAUACCCUUGGUAUCCAUCUUGGGUAUCUGCAUUGGAGAGGGGGGAUUGGGUCAAACCCAGAACUGAAAUCCUCUCUUGAAGAAGCCAUCGCCGUGAGUCACGAAGCGGUACGGCUUACCCCGGACGGCCACCCAGAGUCAGCAGGUCGAUGGAAGAACCUUGGAACACACCUUGGUCAUAGGUAUCAUUCUGGACAGACUGCAGACGGAUUGGAGGAGUCCAUCCAGUGCCAUAUCUCAGCUCUUCGUUCAGAGUACUCUGCGCCACUUCGACGAAUCCAGGCCGCACGAGAUGUUCUUCCCCACUUUGCAGAUAGUUCAGACUGGUGUAGGGCAUUGGUGACGGUCGAGGAAGCAAUUUCUCUUGUUCCAAAAAUGAUAUUCAGAUCAUCGCAGCACUCAGACAAGCUGUAUGUGCUGUCUCAACUAUCCGGCUUGGCGUCUGACGCAGCAGCCGUUGCAUUAAAUGCAGGCAAGGACUUAUCUACUGCCCUUCAUCUUCUAGAAAUGGGUCGCGGAGUGUUGACGCAGUCCAUGGAAGAGAUGCGGACCGACCGUGCAAGUUUGCAAGUUCAGCACCCAGAACUGGCAAAGAGUCUGUUCCAGAUCCGGAGUGCCCUUGACGAUCCGCUACAAUAUGAUAAAAUAUCAGAAGAUCCGGAAUCUUCUUGGCUAGAACACUCGAGACGGCAAAAGCAGGCAGAUGAACAACUCGAAAAUCUACUCGGCGAGAUCCGGAAGCAGCCUGGGUUUGAAGAUUACUUGACCCCUCCGUCUGAAGCAGAUAUGAAAGAAGCCGCCAAGAAAGGACCUGUUGUUGUUAUCAAUGUGAGCCAAUUUCGGUGCGACGCUAUUAUUGUCGAACCACAUCAGUUCCGUCUUCUGCCAUUGCCCAAGCUCAGUCUGGCAGACGUUGAAGACCUUUACUCAUUAAGCGCCAGCGGCCCAAUGCCUGUUGGUACAAAAGGACCUGUUGACGAUAGCUUCAACAUUUGGGAGGCUGUUGUGGCGAGUCAUGAAUGGGAUGAUACGUCCAACAGACGAGGAUGGGGAUAUCUGAGCAAAGAGCCACAGGUUGCUCUCGGCUCGCCCAAGGUCCUGAAAUGGCUGUGGGAAGCUGUUGCUAAGCCAGUCAUGGAUGGUCUUGGAUUGACUCAUAAACCCAUGGAUGAUAACUGGCCCCAUGUCUGGUGGAUACCAACUGGAAGUCUCAGUAAAUUUUCAAUCCAUGCUGCGGGGAACUAUUAUCCUGGCACCGACGAGACUGUCUUGGAUAGAUGUGUGUCUUCGUACAGCUCAUCCAUUAAGUCUCUUCUCAAAGGCCGGCUUCGCCAACUUUUGGUCUCCGGAACACCACAAGCGCUACUUGUCGGUAUGGAAACUACCCAAGGGCUUCACUCGCCUUUGCCCUUUGCCCGCCGAGAAGUGGAAUUAGUAAAGACUGUUUGCAGGUCAAUGGGAGUGACUCCGAUUGAGCCCCAACGGCGGAAGCAAGCCGUUAUAUCGAAUCUUGCCAAGUGCACCAUCUUUCAUUUUGCUGGUCACGGUGAGAGUAAAACCAAAGACCCUCUCAACAGCCAAUUGUUACUCAACGACUGGAAGAGUGACCCGUUUACCGUCACUUCCCUUCUAGACACCAAGCUGCACGAUAGCUCACCCUUCCUGGCCUAUCUCUCUGCUUGUGGUACCGGUCGUAUCGACGAAGAGAGAUAUUCCGAUGAGAGCAUUCACUUGAUUAGUGCAUGUCAGCUAGCCGGCUUCCGCCACGUCGUCGGUACCUUAUGGGAGGUCAACGAUGAAUCAUGUGUUGAUGUGGCUAGGAUUACAUAUGAGAUGAUGAGAGAUGAGGGAUUGAAGGAUGAAUCUGUGAGUCGUGGGUUACAUGCUGCGUCGCUAUACCUGCGAGAUAAGUGGUCUCAACGGUUGUCAAAUAACAGAACAAGCCGCAAAGGUGCUGCGUCAAGAAUAUCAGAUCGUUUGUUUACGAGUAGGAAGUUCAAUGGACAGGACAGCGAGAAGGAUGUUGGGAGGGAUGUUGUCUCUUGCGACGAUGAUGAUGAUAAUGAUGAGAACGACAAUUUGGGGCCACUUUAUUGGGUACCUUACGUUCACUUUGGUGUAUGA